AUGGCGCAAGCAGUACGUUUGAAAAUCGAUGAACUAUUACAUUUCCUAUUUCCGGGCAAAUGUUACGAAGAAUCGCUGUUGAUGUACAAUUUUUUGCAUCAAGAAUGCCUGUCGAUGUUUGUAUCACGAAUGCUUGGGCUCGGCAUAACAGUUGCCUCAAUGAUGCUGUUCAUCCCGCAGAUACUGAAAAUCCAAUUUGCACAAUCCGCCGAAGGGAUCUCACUCUCAUCGCAGCUUCUAGGACUGCUUGCCUGUUUUUCUAUGACAGCAUACAGCUACGCAAGACGAUUCGUGGCCAUAAUUGUUGUCCAGAUUUUGUGGUUCUCCGCUCGACGAGCGCAUGCAGCUGUAUUUGUUGCAUUCUGCUGGACACUGGCUUGUGCUGUCACUGGGGACUACAUUCCAUUUAGUGUGCUUGCUUGCCUUCAGGCUAUCACUAUCCCAGUGAUUAUCGCCGCUAAGGUACUGCAGAUUCUCUAA